AUGUCCAGUAUAAAAGCCGAAGCAGCAUUGAAGUCAGAGUCAGAGCAUCAUUCACAUGGUCAUCAUCAUAAAAAGUUGGGUGCUGCAAACCCGACAUUCAAGAAGCUCUUUAACGAUGGUCGACCGGCAAAUCUGGCUGAUGAGGAUACACUUAGUUAUGAUACCUUGAAACUUUAUGGACCUGCGAUAAGAGUUGCCCUACAGAAUGAUAUCCAAACGAAGAUGCUACCGGAGAUCAUUGGAAAGGAUUCAUCUGAGGCGAUUGAACAUCUAUCUGAACUUGUUGGUGAUAUGAAAGCUACCAUUUAUCGGUCUGUAGCGCAUAUGGUCAUGAAUGAGACCUUUGUUGAGAAGAUGGCAAGUGUUAUGGACAAGGGCACUUCUGAGGCUGUUACCAGUGGACAGGUGAAGAGUGCAUUAGAGAGCGCGAUCGACACCGAAUUGGAAAAGUCCCUUUCGAGCGAGAUCAAACAUCGUUUGGUUCCGGCCAUGCUCGAUUGUGUGGAUUCUCUCACAUUGAAGGCUUCUGCGGAUCAGACGGCUCAAGUGGAGGAACUCCGUCAAGCAUUGGAUUCUGCUCGCCAGACGAUUUCGUUGUUGUCUAACAAAUGCAAGAGUUUGGAAAGUCGAGUCCGGGGCUUGGCGCAGAAGCAACAAUUCGCGAGUAGUGAAAUUAAUGUGAAGUUAGCGGAAGCGGUUAAGGAGUUGCGAGCCCUUGGCAAGGACGAGGAUUUUGCGAGGCAAUUUGACACACGCGCUCUAACGCCCAACCUUCCCAGUCGAUCCGAGGCUGAGAUUACUGAGCAGGUACUCGAGCAAGUGAGAGGGCAGGUCAUAAGGCCGAUGCUCGCUCAGAUGAGGGACCUUCAAGAGGUGAUUAGAGUUAAGAGUGUAUGUAAUGGUCGAGAGGAUAGCGCACCCUCGAGCCCUACAUUGGCAGGUUCAACCGAUGCGGUGCGACGACAGAUGAAGGGACUGAUUGAUGAAGGGAAAUGGGACGAGGCUUUCCAGGCGGUUGUUGCUUAUACUUUACAAGUCGAUGAGCAGAAUAGUGAUGAUGUCUUGCAAGAGUUGUUGGAGAAAACCUCCUCACAGCCUGAGAUGUGGUUGAGUCAUACUUUACCCGUUGAUGCGUUGGUGUUGCAAUUGAAGGCCCCUAGGAGUGAUAUAAGUGUCGCUGUGGUCGACUCCAAAUUGGAUUGGUUACGCGAGCUGGCCCUUUCCAUGAACACUUCCUCUAUUCGUGGUACGCCCGAGCUGAUAGAACGGCUAAGUAGAAUAGUACAACAGAUGAAGGGCUUGGGGGAGGCUCCUGACAGCUUUGUAGCAGUUCAGAAUAUUCGAGACUCUGACACGACGGCGCAAAAGUUGUUAUUGUCGAAGCUUGGUUUGGUUAUACGAUGUAUGGAGGCUCUUAUAAGAUGA